AUGGCCUCUGGACAGUCGCUCCAGUUGCAAGCCAACUCCCUCCACCCACGCCUCAAGAACCUGAUAAACAAUGACUUGAAGGAAAUAUGCAGGUCAGAAGAGCUGCCCGUCUCCGGCGUCAAGGCCGUGCUACAGGAACGCAUCAUUCAGCACCUGAAUACUCUCGUCCACCGUGGCGACGCGAACGGUGUCGCUCGACUUCGCUAUCGCAUCGCCAACCACGGCGCAACACCCCCCGCCACGCCUCAUCCACCCCAGCUGCCCGACUACCCCGACUCCGUAUCACCCAUCAACCCGGCAACCAUGCAAAACAAUUAUCGCCCGGCACCAGCCAUGAACCUUCCGUCGCGCCCUCGUUACCAGCCCCGCUUCUCGUUCAAACAGAGCCCAUUCUACGAUGUAGAGGAGGCCUUGGCUCCAACAGUUGAGCUCCAAGGGGCUGAAGUCCUGCCCAAUAACCGGACUAGCACAACAAUCUCGGUCCAGCUGCCGGCAGAUGUUGUGGAUAGGAUGAAGUCGAGUAGCUCCAUGCGCGCCAUGUUGUUCUCCGCCGCCGAUCCGGUUCUCGCCCCCUACGCAGCCGCGGAUAUUGCUUUCCCACACCAGUUGGAGGUGAGGAUCAACGGCGAUGAGGUCAGGUCAAACUUCAAGGGUCUCAAGAACAAGCCCGGCUCCACACGGCCAGCAGACAUUACGGAUUUCAUACGCAAGCUCCCGGGCUACAACAACAACGUCCAGAUCACAUACGCGUUGACGCAGAAGGCAAGUAGUGAAAGGAAGUUCCACAUGGUCGUCUACCUCGUCCGGAAGCACUCGGUUGCCGAACUCGCAGGACGCAUCAACCGCGUUUUCAGCAAGGAUAAGGUCAUGGACGAAAUGCGGGCACGGGCCCAGGAUCCGGAUAUUGUGAUUGAGUCUCAAGUUGUCUCACUCAGAGAUCCCGUUGCCGGCAUCCGUAUAUCGGUGCCGUGCCGCUCCACUGUUUGUUCGCACAAUGAAUGCUUCGAUGCCACCUCGUUUCUGCAGUUGCAGGAACAAGCGCCUACGUGGAUCUGCCCGAUCUGCAGCAAGACGAUCAGCUACGAGGCGCUCGCGGUGGACAGAUACAUGCAAGAUAUCCUUGCCAAGACAUCGUCGUCAACUGAUCAAGCCAGGAUCUAUCCGGACGGCACCUGGUCGCCAGGUACCGCGGAUAAGAUGAAAGCCGAGCACGCGACGCCCAAGAGCGAGCUUAACGGAAUCAAGGCUCAGGCGGACGAUAGCGAUGAUGACCUCGUGGAGAUCGCUCCACCAGUCAUGAAGAAGGAGGAGUCUAUGACGCCGCUGCACAAUGUCAACACACCGCCAGUUUCGUCUCGCGAGCCGUCGACGGCUUCGGCCGUCCCGGGCAGCAACCGUGGGAAGCGCAAGCAAGAGAUGGUCAUUGACUUGACUUUGAGCGAUGAUGACGAACCACCUCGUCCAGCGAAGAGAACGAACAGCGCCUACAGCCCUCCAAUGGCUUCUAGGCCUAGGCAUUCGGUGAACGGAAACUACAGCACCCCCCAGAACCACAACUACUACGAUACGAGUCAGCAAUGGUACAACUCCAACCGUACCCGCUGA